AUGUCUACAGCUAUGGUAAUUGCUAAUCCUGCCACAUUUGAAGGUUCUUCUCAUGCGACAGAUUACGAUCCGUCUGGCUAUUCCGAAGCCGAUUAUUCUCAACAAUCUCGCGGUCAAGAUAUCUUGUCCGAAUUCGAUCGCUUGACCAACCAACUAGGCGCCAGUGCGAAGGACGAUGCUACUCGAGAAUUCACCAAAUAUCUAGCCAAUCGUGUCGCUGAUUCCAUCAAUGGUCAAGAGCUCACCAAUGAUCCGACCAUCAACCAAAACUUCCAGAGAUGGUCAGAAGUGGACCGUCAAGGAGCUGAUACUGCCAGCGGAGCUUACGAUGGUCUCUUAGCUAUCAAAGACGAAAUGCGAGCAGUCUUAGGUCGUGCACGUCUUUCGUCCGCACAAGACAGUCACGCCCUCACCGGUCCACUCCCACAAUCUUGGGAGACCCCUUCCGGUACUUCUAGUGAGAUGUCCUUAGUUCCCAGAGGCAGGGCAGUCGAGGAAAUUGACGACGACCCAUCUCAAGGUGAUGAAGAUACCAUAGAUGAGAUUCAAGAUAGGCUUAAACAAGAUCUACGAAUCAGAGGAUAUACACCCCACCCUAGUGUAUAUGGUCAGGGGGACGGCUCAGAUUCGGAAUCCAUGAUUACCAAUGAACCUCACUCUGUUCAAUCAACCUUCAUCGUUCCGAGAUCACCAGCCAACCAAGCAGGACUCCAUUCGUCAAACAAAUCGCUUCUAACCCAAUUCCCCACCGGUCGAUUAGCUCAGUAUAUACCUGGAGUACCUAGACCCCAAUUCAACAGAAGUCAGAUUGGAUCAGAGUUGAAUGACCUGAUGUCCAACCUUCCUUCCGGUAAUCAGUCUAGAACCACCGCUGGGACAGGAAUAAGUGCAUCUCCUUUCGCUUCAGACUUCCAAUCUCAAGCAUCUAAUAUCUUCAGAGCCCUAACAGAACAAAUGGACAAGAAAAGAUCUGACAUUGUCGAAGUUAAGGACGAAUUACCCCAAGGACAAGGUACAAUCAGCGCUGGUCAUGCCAGUGGUUUCUUGGAAAACGGCGCCAAGAGAACAGUCUCAUAUCAAUCUGGGGCUAGCAAGGAUGGGACUUCCUAUUCUUACUCCAGUAUGACUACCACUGGACCUCCAUCAAUCGCUUCUUUUGCAUAG